AUGUACUCCGAAUGGGCUUCAUUAGUUCCGAUUAUCUCGGAAAACAUAAAUAACGCCCAAACGCAAAGCGUUCUUGGGAAAUUCAGCAUUGUUGGGGGUCGUGAUGUGGCAGCUGUCGUUAUAAAGCAGCUGGCCAGCUCUUUAGGAAUCACUAAUAAUGCAGAACCAAGUAAUCUUCACACCGACCAGGAGGUUCAGUGGUGCAUGGAUGUUAUAUGCCAUGGGUUGUCUUUACCACUCUCAGAACACGACAUCAUUAAGGAUGGUGUAAACAUAUACUGCGAGUGGAUUAGCGCAGUAUUACCCCAGGCCAAGAUCAGUGUGCCCCAACCAAUUAUUGAUGACCCGAACACUUAUGUUAGAAAAAUAAUCAAACAUCUGUACAAUCUCUUUGUACCUCGCCCUGGAGAAGUCUGGCCUUUCAUUUACCAAGAGGAACUAGGGACGGAUACUAUCAACAGGCAAGCAGUAUUAUGCCACCGAGUAUUGCGUACGUUGCAGGAUACAGCUCAAAAUUCUCAAAUGCUCACGGUAGAAACAUGGGAAGCCUUACUAUUAUUCAUGUUGGCCAUCAAUGAAAUUUUGUUGGCUCCACCGAUCGUAAAAGAUGACGUAGGAGAUCAACUAUGCGAACGGGUGCUGAGCGUUUUGUUUGAGGUUUGGCUAUUGUCCUGCAGCAGAUGUUUUCCUUCGCCUUCGCUGUGGAAAACUUUCCAAGAGUCGUGUGCUGCCUGGCGUCAUCGUAUUGCGCUCGUUGAACAAUGGAACCGUGUGAAUCUAGUUCUGACGGCUAAGUUACUAGAAUUCACUUAUGGUCCUGCUUUCCCUGAGAUGAAAAUAGCUGAGGAAGAUGCCCAUCUGGUUCCAAGUGGUAUGACAAAUGAUGGUAUCGCACAGACGUGGAUACGCUUUCUGAAGAUUUUGGGAGCUCCAACUGAUUUAUGCUGCCCACAAGUUAUCAGUCGUACUCCGCAAUUUAUCCAGGCCGUGUUAGUCAACGCAGAAGGCAUCGAACCCCAACAUCAUCCGUGUUUGUUAAAUCUACCGCAAAUCUUUCUCAAAACAAUGAAAGGAAUUGCCGGACUUGUGGAUGCGUUUUUGGGCAUAGCGCAAUUUAGGAUGAACGAGGGUGGUACUUAUAAUAUCAAUCAGCUGUAUUUUCCUGGUACAGGUGGUGGUUCACACAUUAACACUGCUAGUGGGAGCGUCAUUAAUUUUAGGCACUCUGGGGGCGACAUAAAAUCCAGUGCUCUCCGAGCAAGUGGUGGGCUAGGAGGGCUUGGUCUCGGAGCAGCACUCGGCGUAGUUGGAACCGGCAGUAUCACUGGUGCUGGUUCCUUAGGAUCUACAAUAGGAAACAGCUUUAACGGAAGUACCGGAGGUGGUAAUGUUGGUGGCGCUAUAAACCAUCUUAACAAUCUCGGAAGUAAUUCAGCUGUUACAAGUUCUCCUAGUCUGGGUAAUAGCAAUGGAGGAAACGCCAAUCUAGGGUUUGGAUUCUCAUAUGACGUCAAUGGGACAAUAGCAGCAAACCAGGUCGAUUGUACUGGAUAUGGAACUAGCAAAUUAUCUCUAUUCAUCGCUGACCCAAACGGGUCCACCAAUUCACCAACUCCUCCAUUACAGCGUCGUUUAGCGAAGAGCUUCAGUGUUGCUCCAUCGCUACCGUCAGCCCAUGCUGUUAUCUCAAUGGCACAAGCUAAGGGAUUUACGAAAGCCUCUUUUAGUGGUCUUACUAGCAGCCGAAGCGUGUCCAAUCAAACAAAUAAUACUCUGCAAUCAGCAUCCUUGCCUUCAACUGGAUUUUCUUCUAUGCUUUCAUUAUGUCAAGAAAAUAAAUUCCCGCUAGCAGCAAACAGACCCCGUUGUAAUAGUAUCCUGCAUCUCUUUGGAGAAUGGCUAUUUGAUGCUGCCCAUAUCGGUGGCGAAACGUGGAUACAAAACACUAAAAAAAGAGCUGCUGAAGCUAAACGACGUCCUUCCUCAAUGAUAAUGGACAAUCGCAAAGGCAGUUUGUCACAACCACCUUCACUGUCCGAAGUGAACGAUGUUGCACCAGGUUUAACGAUCGAUAAGUACGAAUCUGGGAAAGCAGAAGCUCUAGGAGCGCUAUGUCGCAUAUUUUGUGCUAAGAAAACGGGAGAAGAAAUACUUCCCGUAUAUCUAGCUCGCUUCUACAUGGCCCUACAUCAAGGACUCAAGACAAACGACAACCGAGAGUGUAUGGAAACGCUUGCAAGCAUCUUGUACAAUUCUUCUGACUUGUUCCGUAUUGAUUUGGAAGGAAUACAGGUAUUGCUGCCAUCAUUUAUUGGGGCACUAGAACUCAUUCUGCCGGAAAAAGAUUUGAAAAUGCGAACGCAAAAUGUAUUCAUAAAUAAAACGGAAUUACGGAGAGCAGCUAUCAACAUCCUUCUAUCCAUCUUAGCCCUUCCACUGCACUUUCAAUCUCUCCCUAUUCGCGAUCUAAUGGGAGGUCCUAACGAUAGGAGUAUUACGUUUAUUCACUUAAAACCGCGGCUAAUUAACAUUUUAAUGAAUGCGCUACAAGUAGAAACGGACUCGCAUAAUGCGCAUAUGCUAUUAGGUGGGUUGCAUUUAUGUGUACAAGAUUCUGUUACAUUCGAAGACAUGGAAAAUGGAUCCGCGGAAACAUUGAACUCACUACAUGCAACUGUUGAAGUAUCCAAUCUUCUAAGCUCAGCCUGCUCCGAGAAGAGUGCCUACUCCAUGAACAGCGCCAAUUCCAGCAUCGGUGGACACAGUACCGCAACACUUAGCAAUGAACCUUCUAGUUUGCCGGCUUUUGAUGAUUUUUCAUCCGAUAUUAUUCAUGAGUUAGAAUUGAGUUCAUCUGCAAUUUAUGAUAGCGCACAUGCGUUGUUUGUACGAGCAACUUAUCUGGUUUGUCAUCGGUUGAUAUCAUCGUGGAAAACAGAUCUCAAUGUAUCUUUAGCAGCAUUGGAAUUAUUAUCUGGUUUGGCAGGAAUGCACGUAAAAGAUUCAGAUACCUUGGAGUGCAAACGUGCUGUUAAAUGGAUCUGUGAUUACAUUUGCUAUCAGUGCUCAAGACCACCACCAGCACACGUUAAAGAUCUGCACAGCAUGAUUGUGGCAGCGUUCCAGUGCACUUCUGCGUGGUUGAUGAACCAUCCAUACUUGUUGCAGGAUAAGGAGUGUCUCACCACUGUUUUGGAAGUGGUUGAGUUAGGUAUAUCAGGAUCUAAAAGUGCUGGCAAACCGGGAGAACCGCUGAAAUUUAAAGACGAGAAGGAGCUCAAGCCAGCCAGCAUGCGGGUGCGGGAUGCGGCUGAGAAUAUGCUGACCAUGAUUCUUGAGCAGAUAGACUAUUUUCCAAAUGAGUGUGGCAAACAAUCGCUCUCAUCAUUGCUCGAUGAAGUGGUUCUGGCCAAACAUUCCAACACAUCGGGAGAGUAUGUGGGUGAAUUGUCACAGGAGCAGGCUAUCAAAAAGUUCAAAUAUUUUGUCACGGAAAAUUCUACUGUACUGGCACUUUUUGAAGAGCCUCUCGGAAACGACCAAGAUCCGCAACCAACUGUUACUAUUCUUAUUAGGGGACCAUUUGGGCGCCAUGCCUGGACAAUGCAGUUACGGCAUCUGUCGCGUAGCAAAUCUGGAACAAAAUAUCAUGCACCAAAUCCAGGCCGGCCAGUUCCGAUGAAUGACAUUAUGAUGCGCCAAGAAGUGGAAUAUAAGUGCUUUCCUGAUUCCGUCGAGCGCAUACCGCCCUGCAUCGUGGAUUAUUCAAUACCGACGCUAGAUUCGGCUGAGCAAAAAAUUGGAAAUCGGUCCACAAAGCAGUUGGGUAGAUUGGUCGAGCAACAGGUUGGGUACGAAAAGCUUUCUUGGGCUGAAACAGAAUGUUCCGUCGACGGGCUAGGACACGCACAAGAGGCUUCACCACCGAGCGUUUGCCACGAGUUUCAUGCAGCGCGACUUUUUCUGUCCCAUUUCGGGUUCCUCACGAUUGGUCAAAAUAACACCGGCGGGCAGAAACUGGAUGGCACAACUCCCCUGCUGACAACGCUCGACACAUCCAAACCGGACUUUUGUCUAGAUCUAAAAUUGUUGGACAAAAUGUCCCCUCGAACUUGCGACACAAUACAUGUGUUUUACGUCAAAGCCAGCCAAACCACUGAAACAGAGAUAAUCGGUAAUAUGGAUCCCGAAAAUUUGUCAUCAAUUGAUCCUCAUUUCUGGAAAAUGUUGUACACCAUCGGAUGGCCAGUAAUAAUUCAGGAGCACGCUGGAUGGACUGGUUUUAUUGGAAGCAGCUGGAAAAUUCCACGUGACAGCAAUUCAUGCCCUCAGCAGAGCUAUGCCAAAAACGAUGCUUCUGAAGAAUGGCAACUUAACGGCGAAAACAAGGUGCUCUAUUGGGCGGAUGUUUCUUCGGAGAUAGCGAUCGUUGUGCCAAAUCGCAGCAAUAAGGUGGACGUUUUCAUCGAAGAUACAAAUGAAGCUAACAAUUGUCCUUCCACGACAUAUGAGCGCAGUGUAAGUGAAAUACAACCCCGCUCGUCAUCCGUCUCAUCCAACCAAUCUCGGCAGUACUCCCUGGACAGUGAAACGUCUCGAUUUGGCUCGAUGAGUAAAUCUGCCGACCCGAUUCCGCCUGUACGUCGACGUACGGGUGCCUCUAAACCCAGUUCCCUUUACACGGCACCGACGGCGAAAAUAUUGCUCGUAUGGUUGGAAAGUUUCGAAGAUCACCUAACCUUCCCGAUAGAUGAUCUGUUACAUUACACUCGAGCCGGCUACUCAACACAGCACGGUCCCAUCAGUGCAAUCAGCUCCAAUGAGUGUUUUAUCAUUUAUUUGCAUGCACUUUCGUCAAGCCUAUUGCGAGUUAAAUUGCAAGGACCUGCUGGUCGCAUGAAUUUUGCUAUCCCUCUGAUAGACGGCAUGGUAGUAAGCAAACGUGUGAUUGGAUCGUUGAUUCGCCAAACUGCAUGCAACAUGGCGAAAAGGAAACGACUGGACAACGAUUCAUAUCAACCACCGCAUGUUCGGCGUCGCAUAAAGAUACAAGAAAUUAUGCAAAAGUACAAAAAAGAUUUGACCGAACCGGAAAUGCUCGCCGAUUUAUUUAGACCGUCAAUGUAAGCUGCCAGAUACGGCGUAAAAACAGCUUUUGCGUUAAUUUUCAAUUGUUAAAAUGAAAACUGAUCCGUUCCAAGUUAAGUGAUAGCUGUCUUCGGUAUAUGUAUUUUAUUUAAUUUCUUCAAUAAAACUCACAAUAUUAGACUUUUCUAA